AUGUCCACCCAAACCUACAAAGCGCUGGACGCCUAUUCGGGCUCCAUGCCUGACAAAAUGGCGGUCUUCCAGGAGUGCUUGCAGCAAUUCAACGCGCUGCCGGUCAAUGCCAAAAAGUGCCGUCAACUUUUGGCCAAGUUGUUGAGGUUGAUAUACCAAGGUGAACUGUUUCCACCAAAGGAGGCCACCAAGUUGUUUUUCUCCAUUUCCAAGUUGUUCCAGCACAAGGAUUCGUCCUUGCGUCAGUUGGUCUAUUUGACUAUCAAGGAGCUUUCGCUGACUCUGUCCGAUAUCUUGAUGGUCACCUCGUCCAUUAUGAAAGAUAUCCAAUCUGGUGAUGUUAUUUACAAGCCCAACGCUAUUAGAACUUUGGCCAAGGUCUUGGAUCCUACCACGGUGUCUGCAUCCGAGAGAUUGUUUAAGAAUUGUCUUGUUGAUAAGAAUCCUAUUGUGUCUUCUGCUGCGUUGAUCUCCUCUUACAACUUGCUUCCAAUUGCCAAGGACGUGGUGAAGCGUUUCACCAACGAGACUUUGGAGACCAUCCAGUCCUACAAGCUGUUCCCUCCAAACCAGUUUCAGUUACACGAGUACUACGGAGGUUCCACUACAAACUUGCCUUCCAACUCCUAUAUGUACCAGUACCAUGCAUUGGGUUUGUUGUACCAGUUGAGAAACCACGACAAGAUGUCGUUGAUGAAGCUCAUCACGUCUUUAUCUGAAGGUUCGGCCCUUAAGAACUCGUUGUCCAUCAUCCAGCUCAUUCGUUACAUCAACAAGGUCUUGGUGGACGAUCAGACUUUGAUGCCUCACUUGUAUCCUAUCUUGUCUGGUUUCUUGAAGCACAAGUCUGAUAUGGUGGAGUUGGAAGCUUGCAAGACUUUGGUCAGCUUGCAGCAUUUGCUCAAGGAGGAAGAGUUUAUGUCCAUCAUCCUUACUUUGCAGAAGUUGUUGAGUGUUCCUAGAACGGCCACCCGUUUUGCUGCCAUCCGUUUGAUCAACAAGAUCUCCUUGAAGCACCCAGAAAAGAUUAUGGUGGUCAACUUGGAAUUGGAGACUUUGAUCAAUGACUCGAACAGACUGAUUUCUACCUUGGCUAUCACCACGCUAUUGAAAACGUUGGGUGUUGGCACCAUCGAGUCCACCAGCUCAGAAAGUGUGGACAGAUUGAUUUCCAAGAUGACCUCUUUGAUGGAUGAGAUCACCGAGGACUUCAAGGUUGUUAUUAUCGAAGCCAUUGAGAACUUGGCUUUAAAAUUCCCAUCUAAGCACAAAAAGUUGGUCGCAUUCCUCUCUGACUUGUUACGUGACGACGGAACCUUGCAGUUGAAGUCCAGCAUUGUUGAAGCAUUGUUUGACUUGAUUAAGUUCUUGCCUGAUGAAAGCGCCAAGCAACUCAUCUUGAUGAACUUGUGUGAAUUUAUUGAAGACUGUGAGUUCACCGAGUUGUCCGUGCGUAUUUUGCACUUGUUGGGUGACGAGGGCCCAUCAACCCUGAACCCAUCGUACUAUAUCAGACACAUCUACAACAGAUUGGUUUUGGAGAACUCUAUUGUGAGAUCUUCCGCUGUAAUCGCUUUGGCAAAGUUCGCUGCCGUUUGUGAUGAAGAGUUGUCUUCCAACGUUAAAAUUUUGUUGACUAGAUGUCUCAACGAUGUGGACGAUGAAGUGAGAGAUAGAGCAUCCUUGUCUUUGAGAUUCAUCAACAGCAAACAGCCGAAGUUGGUUGUCAAUGACUCUAAGUUUAAUUUGGCUGCAUUGGAGAGUAGGUUGACUCACUACUUGAAUGACGAGUCCAACUUUGCUCAUCAAUUCAAUAUUGCCGAGGUGCCACUUCUCACAAAGGAGGAAGUCAAGUCUUUGGAAUACAACACCAAGAUCAAGAAGUUGGAAAGUGGUGCCGAAGGCACUCCUGCUGCCGAGCAGACGGCUUCUUCUUCUGCUAAUGAUAAGAGAGCCGCUGAGACUGAGAGUGCUGGUGCAAAUGAUUACUUGCAGCAACAGGAGUACGCCGUUAAGUUGGCUUCUAUUCCAGACUUGGCUGAUUAUGGCAAGUUGACAAAGUCUUCAUCUUCUCCAAUCUACUUGACCGACAAGGAGAACGAGUUCGUUGUUACAGUCGUGAAGCACUUUUUCACGGAAACACAAAAGUUGGUUUUGCAAUACGACAUCACGAAUACCUUGCCUUCUUUGGUGUUACAAGAUGUUUCUGUUCUCACUCAGGCUGAUAACGAAUUGUACGAAGAAGACUUUGUUAUUCCAUUGGCCGAAUUGAGACCAGAAGAGACCGGUAGCGUUUUCGUCUCUUACACCGCUCCAACUAUCGGAGACGAGGACAUCUUGGCUGCUUUUGGUAACACCAUCACCUAUACAAGUAAAGACAUUAUUGACGACGAAGGAGGAAUCGAUCCUGCUGAUGAAGGUAUGGAGGACGAGUAUCAGAUCGAGGAUUUGGAAAUCAAUGCCGGCGAUUUCAUUACUCCUUUGUACAACUCCAACUUUUCCAACAUUUUUGAACAGUUGCCAAACGAGGAAAGUAGUGUUGUGACGAUUACAGGUGCCACCAACUUGGAGGGAGCUGUGAAUGUGCUCACCAAGUCGUUGAAUGCCAUGGCAUUGGACGGUUCCGAUUACGUUCCUGCCGACUCUACUUCGCACGUGUUGAAGUUGUUGGGUAAGGAUUUGUGGAACGGAAAGGUGGGAGCAUUGGUGAGAUUGGCCAUCACUGGAGGCAAAGUUGUUGCCAAGUUGCAGGUGAGAUGCGAAACCGAAGGCUUCGCACCAGUGGUUGCUAACGGAGCCGUGUAG